AUGCUGGUACCAUCACAGAUUCGGCACCAGGGCAAAGAAUUGCUCGGCACCCUGCAAAUACAGCUCCAAAACCAAGUCGGAAAACUAAACAGCCGGCGGGUAGGAGCGGCAGAACCUCCCGGCAAAAACAUACGAAGCCGCCUUUUCUACGUAUGGGACCGACGGAACAACAUAAAGUUUCUAGUGGACACGGGAGCAGCUAUCAGCGUUAUACCCCCCAAAGAACAGCAAGACCGAAAGGCGACCCCGUAUAAACUCCAGGCAGCAAACGGCUCGACGAUCGAGACAUAUGGAGCCAAGACACUGACUCUGAACAUCGGUAUGCGGCGCGAUUUUACAUGGACUUUCACCCAGGCAGACGUAAAAACGCCAAUACUCGGUGCAGAUUUCCUGGCCCAUUAUGAUCUAGCCGUGCACAUGAAUACGAGAACUUUAUCAGACAAUACCACGAACAUUGCUGUUAAAGGCACCCUCUCUCGACACAACACCACUGGAAUCAGUGUGACAACUUGCCACGGACGAGAGUACAUCGAGAUCCUAAACAGAUACUCGGACCUCAUUCAACCACUCGCAGGUACCGGUCCGGCAAGACACCAAACACAGCACCAUAUAAAGACCAGUGGACAGCCCACUUUUUCCCACCCACGACGACUUCCUCCUCAUAAGCUGGAAUACGCCCAAAAGGAGAACGACGCCGUAAAAAAACCUCUCACACCUAGCUACCAAGGCCCUUUCAAAGUUCAGAAGCGUUCUAAGAAAUUUGUCACGAUCAUGCGCGGCAAAAACAAAGAUACAGUCUCCAUCGACCGACUUAAACCAGCUUGGUUAGAGGAAACUUCUCCCGAGCCAGACUUACCAACAACGACGGAAGAUGAAACAACAACACCAGUCGACUACCAAGCUGCGAUCCUGCGCGACACUCCACCCAAGGACGAACUGACUACACCACAGCACUGUCCGCGUCGAUCCUCUCUCUCUGCAAGUACAGACAUCCAGGGAUCGACUGGACCUCGAACAUCGCUGGUUCCAUUCGGCCUACCUCCAAGCUGUCGCCUUGAGACCUGA